AUGGCACUUCGGCCUAUUGAUUGGACUUCCUGGAAGGGUGCGGCGAAGCUGUGGCUCACCACCCAUCCAGGGUUCAAUCAUAGGGAGGUCACGCGCGAGCAGCGGCUGGAGAGCUUCGAGCUGCGCGCGGCCUUUGCGGUGGCGACUGCGGCUGCCCAUCGCGAGGACAGAGGCCUGGGAGCCCUGCCUUGCGAUAGGUGCGGCGUGUGGACGCACUGCUGGUGCGAAGCUUGCCAGCGGCCUGCGACGGCUAUCUGCACUGUGUGCGAUGCCGCGGAGGCGAUCUGCCACGCCUGUGAGCGUGCCGGCAAGUCCUGGCGAAGCGCCCGAGCGGCGUACGAAGCGGCGACGCCGCAGGAAGAGGAGAUCGUCGAGAUCUCCGGGUUCCAUGAUGCAGCGGGAGUCUUCCAGACCAUUGACCCCCCGCUCCGGAUCCCCCUCAGGGAGGUCCUCUCGGCCGAUGGCGAGCCGGACGCGGCCGCCAUCACCCGCCGUGCCGCCGCGCACGGCCAAAGAGUGGAGACGGCGGCAGAUGUAGUAGGGUUGUACCCCAAUGUGGACCUGUUCAUGGAUGCCCUGCAUGCCGUGAUGGGGACACGUGUGGAUGCCGACCUUAGCAUGGAUGUGGCGUGCACUUAUGCUCGGGUUCAUGGGCUGGCCCGUAAGACAAAGAAGCACGCAGUUGAGCUCGUAGUAGCCGAGCGGCAGUCUGUGUACCCCUCGGGUGCUGCUGAGCGCGGUGGAAGCCGUGAAGCGGCCGCUAGCAGCCGCGGAAUGAAGCCCCUGGUGGGCCUUGGGACAGGCUCGGCUGGAUCCACUGUGGUGUCUGGGCCUGGUCCUGCACCGGCCAGCACCAAAGCAGACGUAGCCAAGCAGACUAAGUUGGACCUCCUUUUCCACCUGCUGGUUGACUACGUUUUAGACUUGCAGGAGCUGGGCAUCGAUACUGCCCUCCUGGCUGACCCGCUGGGUCGCACAAAGGUCCGUGAGACUGUGCUCCACGGGGCCCAGAGAUUGUCGACCCAGAGGCUGGGUGCUUUGAUCAGCAGCUUCAAGAGGUGGGUGAAGUUUUGUGAGGAGAGGCAGUGGGCGCCUAACGCACCGAAGCCGUUCCAGUUGGCCACUUACCUGCACUGUGUCAGUCAGGGGGGGCCCACAGCGGCAUCGUCGAUGCAUGCAGCCUUGAAGUGGUUCGCAGACCAGGCUGGUGCGGCACUGGAUCUGUCGCACCCCAUGGUGGCCCCUUACCGCUUCCACGCUGUGACCCACACAGCGAGGCAGGCCCCGGAGCUUCAGCCCUGGGAGCUGAUCAACUUGGUUUGCCUCUUCGGCCGUGCCAAGGGCAACCAUAAGCUCCUGUUGGCCUGGGUGGUGAUGGCGGCGAUCUCUUGCGUUCGCUGGGAACACCUGCAGCGCUCGAGUUUCGUGGCUGGCCACACCAAGUGGAUUGAAUUCCACUGCCAGCAAGGCAAAGCUCGGAAGAAGGGAGCCAGGCCAGCGUAUGGAUGGGCUCUACCAGAAUGGUGCUGGGAAGGCCAUGGUGUUGGCCGCAUCCUCGAGGAUUUUUACCGGCAUGAAGUGCUGGCCACGGCGGGUUUCCUGGUACCAGCAUUGCAGCUGGCUGCGGACAACCUCUGGGAAGUCACAGAGACUACCCCGCUGGUCCUUGGAAAGCCGAUGUCCAGGGGACGCUUCCUGGAAAUCUUCCGGGGUGCCCUCAUGCAGUGUGGUUUGGAUACCCACUCAGCGAAGGGGGCGACCUUUAACCGGCUGAGGCGUUUCCUGCCUACGCUGGGUAAUGUGCUGGAGAUUUCCGAUGUGGAUGCGCAAGCGGUGGGAAACUGGACUGAGGUCCCACAGGGAGGUGGCCUCACUGCACCGAGACCCAAGGCUGCCAUGACGAUGGGCCGCCACUACGGGGGCCAUAAGGUGCUGCGCUCGGCGGUGGUCAAGGUGCGCCUCCUGGAGCGCUUCCUGGAGCUGUGGAAGUUGCAACGGCAGCAUGUGUCCCUCACUGCCGAGGGCCUGCUGCCUGUUGACUCCUGGCGUUGGCCUGACUUGCAGGCGUUGCACCGGCAGACUCCUUGGUCAGCAGCCGAUCCAGACCUGUCCGCUGCUAUCACGGAUGCGGCGGCCCCGGCGCCUGAGCAACCAGGUGAGGAGCAGCCGGACGACCAGGCCGCUACCCUUGAGGAGCCGGCAGGGGAGCCAGAGGCGGCAUCAGGUGCCUCAGGCGAUGACAGCAGCUCGGCCUCUGACAUCUCCGCCGAUGCGGAUGACCUGGUGGGCAUUUUGCCGGACCCUACAGCAGCAGCUGAAAUCAAGUGGUUUCGCCAGGGCACCAAGACGCACCUGGUGAGCGACACAUCGGAGAGUGACCGGCUGAUCCCGUAUUGCCGAGACAAGCCGUUUGACCACUAA